AUGUCUUCACCAACUACUCGGAGGAGCCGUGCCUCCAAUAAAUCGUCGACACCGUCAAGAUCAUCUCGCGAACCUCCCAGCAGCCCGACUCUGCGAGAAGCCACUCCCCGUGCGGCCAGAGCCCUCGCUGCUGAGCGCAAUAUGCCAUCGUCAUCCCCGGCAGCCUACGAGUCCUCUUCUCCCAUGGGCCAACGGAAUGAGACACCUGAUAUCCGUAUGGCCGACGGGAGCUCACAGGUCGAUGAUGGGGACAGGACUCCACGGGCGAACCAGGGAGUUCGAGACUCCUCUCCAAUCAGUUACAUCGCUAGCUCCAGCCCCGCCCGUGGUUUGGGUCGGUCAGAUAUCCGCUCCGACAUCCGAUCCGAUGCCCUGAGCACUAGUAGUGGUCUCUUCGUCUCCCCUAGCGGCGGUCGUCGAAGCGCUCGCCGCAGCGAACUCCACUCCGGUGGGUUGGCAUCGACUCCUGCUCGUCGGAAUCGCAUGUUCGUUGGUCCCAAUGGCAUGCCCAUGGGCGACAAUGCCCCUCGCUCCGAUGCUACUUUCUCGAACAUAAAUCCCGGCACCUCCGAGGCGGAGGCCAUGGCAGGAAACUCCACUCGUGUGAUUUGGGGUACGAACGUCUCUAUUCAUGACUCCAUGUCCGCUUUCAAAAAUUUCCUGUACAACUUUGCCACGAAAUACCGCCUCUGGGCGGAUGGUGCGUCGGAGGACGAGACCCGGAUCCUGGGUGAUGCCGCUGAGAAGCGGGAAUACAUAACGAUGAUGAACGACAUGCGGCGACUCGGCAUGACGACUUUCAAUCUCGAUUGCAAAAACCUCAAGUCCUACCCCCUCACCCAGAAGCUAUGGCACCAGCUGCUCGCAUACCCGCAGGAAAUCGUGCCAUUGAUGGAUCAGGCUGUCAAGGAUGUCAUGGUUGAUUUGGCUCUGAAGGAGAUGGACGUGAUGCGGUCCGAGAUUCAGCGGAGUGGCCAAUCCCGCGACCGUCGUGGCCAGUCUAUCCUGACCUCGGACGGUGUUGGUCCCGCCGCUGAUGUUCCUGAUCUGGUUGGCGAGGUCGAGGCCGUCAACUAUAAGGUCCUGCCGUUUGGAAUGGACGAAAGCAUUAACAUGAGAGAUCUGGAUCCAGCUGAUAUGGACAAGCUGGUCAGCAUUAAGGGUCUCGUCAUUCGUACCACGCCUAUUAUUCCGGAUAUGAAGGAUGCAUUCUUCCGCUGCAGCGUCUGCAGCUACGGUGUUACAGUUGAGAUUGACCGUGGCCGAAUCGCUGAGCCCACAACCUGUCUUCGCGACUCUUGCAAGUCGCAGAAUUCCAUGCAGCUCAUUCACAACCGCUGCAACUUCUCGGACAAGCAGGUCAUCAAGCUCCAAGAAACCCCCGAUAAUAUCCCGGACGGUCAAACUCCCCACUCCGUAUCUCUUUGUGUCUACGACGAGUUGGUCGAUAUCUGCAAGGCCGGUGAUCGCGUGGAGGUGACGGGUAUUUUCCGCUGCAAUCCCAUGCGCGUCAGUGCCCGCCAGCGCUCGCAAAAGGCUCUGUUCAAGACCUACAUCGAUGUCCUGCAUGUCCAGAAGGUCGACCGCAAGAAGAUGGGUAUCGACGUAUCCACCAUCGAGCAAGAAAUGUCUGAGCAGGCUGCCGAGGCCGACCAAGCCCGCAAGAUCUCGGCCGAGGAAGAGGAGAAGAUCAAGCGGACUGCCUCCCGCCCCGAUCUCUACGAUUUGCUGGCCCGGUCGUUGGCCCCCAGCAUCUACGAGUUGGACGACGUAAAAAAGGGUAUCCUUUUGCAGCUGUUUGGCGGUACCAACAAGACCUUCCAGAAGGGCGGUAACCCGCGCUACCGUGGCGACAUCAAUAUCCUGCUUUGCGGUGACCCCUCGACCGCCAAGUCCCAACUGCUGCGCUACGUGCACAAGAUCGCCCCCGUGGGUUCUUCGGCUGUUGGCUUGACAGCCUAUGUGACUCGUGACCCGGAGACCAAGCAGAUGGUCCUGGAGUCUGGUGCCCUCGUUUUAUCCGAUGGUGGUACCUGCUGCAUCGACGAGUUCGAUAAAAUGAAUGAAGCCACCCGCUCUGUCCUCCACGAAGUGAUGGAGCAGCAGACCGUAUCCAUCGCCAAGGCCGGUAUCAUUACCACCCUCAACGCCCGGACAUCUAUCCUGGCUUCGGCCAACCCCAUUGGCAGUCGGUACAACCCCAAGUUGCCCGUUCCACAGAACAUUGAUCUGCCCCCAACUCUCCUCUCCCGUUUUGAUUUGGUCUACCUGGUUCUGGAUCGUGUGGACGAGACCGAGGAUCGUCGGCUGGCCAAGCACUUGGUCGGCAUGUAUUUGGAAGAUACCCCCGAACAUGCGGCAUCCGAGGAAGUCCUGCCCAUUGAAUUCCUCACAGCCUACAUCACCUACGCGAAGACUCUAGUCCACCCGGUCCUCACCCCCGAAGCCGGCAGCGCCCUGUCCGAUGCCUACGUCGCCAUGCGCCAGCUCGGCGACGAUAUCCGCGCCUCGGAACGCCGCAUCACAGCCACGACGCGACAACUGGAAUCCAUGAUCCGCCUGUCAGAAGCGCACGCUCGCAUGCGCCUCUCGCCCGAAGUUACUGUCGCGGACGUCGACGAGGCAGUGCGUCUGAUCCGCUCGGCCAUCAAGCAAGCUGCAACGGACGCGCGCACCGGCCUAAUCGACAUGGGCCUGCUGACAGAGGGAACCAGCGCCAGCGAGCGCCGGCUUCGCGAGGACCUCAAGCGCGCAGUGCUAUCGCGGCUCGAGGAGCGAGGCGGUGUGGCUGGCACUGCGGUGCGCUGGGGUGAUUUGUUCCGCGAUCUGAGCGAGUCGAGCGAUGUCGCGCUGGACCAUCAUCAGUUUGGCGAUGCGGUCCGGGCGCUCGAGGCCGAGGGAGCGGUGCAUGUUUCUGGUGAGGGGCCGCGGCGGAGUAUUCGUCGGGCGGCGAUGGGUCUGCCUUGA